UGACAAAUAACGAUUGACUGUAGAAUAUAAAUAGAAAUUUGGUGGAUUCGAUAUGGCUGUGUACCAUGAUGAAGUAGAAAUAGAAGAUUUUGAGUACGAUGAAGAAACCGAAACAUAUUAUUAUCCUUGUCCAUGCGGAGAUCGGUUCGAAAUCUCCAAAGAGGAUCUUACAAAUGGGGAAGAUGUAGCCACAUGUCCCAGUUGUUCUUUAGUUGUAAAAGUUAUUUACAAUGUUGAGGACUUCCAAAGGAAUGAAGAGGAACAAACAACAAAGUCUGAAAAGCCUCAAUUAGAAAUAGCAAGAUAACUCAUCUAAAUCUAGAUAAAUUAUAAUCAUAUGCACUUUUUCUUUUUGGUUCAUUUCUAAAAAUUUCCCAGGGUUCCCACUCUAAAAUGGAAAUCAAAAUAAAGCACUUAAAAUGAAUAAAUUUUAACAAAAUGAAAUGACAGCAUUAACAAAUAUUAACAGCAAAAAUGCAAAGUUUAACCUUAAUGCAAGAUUUAAAUUCUUAAAUAAAUGAUUUGAGGACCAUCUUCAGUAGUUUUGAGAGGCAUUUUGUGUGAUUUUGAAAAACAUUAUAAUAUUGUGUUUAAAAAUCAUUUUUAGAAAAACCUUACCUUAGGUUUGUGUUUGUUUGUUCAGUUUUGAGAAUCAUUUAAAACACUAGCAUAAAAAUAAUUAUAAAAAACAUUUUUAAACUAAUUCAUGUUCUGAACAUUAAGAACUUAUACAUCAUUAUAAUGCUAAAAUAACAAAAUAUAAUUAAAAAUGAAAAAACUAAAAAAUAUCAAGUUUUGAAGUUUAAGUUUUUAAAUUAUUAUUAAAAAUUAUAAUAUUUUAAGGGAGACCAUAAGAGAAAAAUACAUGCAUUCGCAAAAAUCCUGAUGGAAAGACUGGUAUAUAUGAGAUAGCUUGAAAAUGUGUUUGUGUGCUCAUUUAAUGAAUUUUGGGGAGAAAUGCGAAGCAAAUCAACUUCUUUGCAGAGUUUCAGUUUUUGCAAAAGGAAACUAAGAAAACGGUAGCAGGGAAAGCGUUAAAAAAUAUUUGAUAUUAAUUUUUAAAAGAAAAGAAAAUCAAUUGAAAACAUUAAUUAAUGUAAAUAAACAGGCAGUUUUCCUUAGUAAUUCAUUAACAUUUCAGUAAAAUAAAUCAACCCAGGGCUUUGAAAUAAGAGAGAAAGAGAUGACUGAGCGAAAUGAAGAUAAUUUUUCUUUCAAAGACUUGCUUAUACAGCCCCCCUCCCCCCAUAUUUUUGAAAUGAUAUGAAAAUUUAAAGGCUUAGAUAGGGUAGCUAUGAAUGAUUAUACUUUCUUAAGCGUUUCUUAUACCAAAGUUAUAUUUGAAAGAAUUCAUUUUGAAUGCUUUUACUUUUAAUUUUGUUUGCAUACAAAUUUAGUGAUCUUUUUAAAACUAGUUUUACCAGUAUCUUUAUUUGAUAUCAAAAUUGUACAUUCCUUGCAGUAUUGUUAAAAUAUUUUAUGUGAUUCCUCCAUGUAUUACGAAGUAACAUUCAAAAUAUUACCCAUUAUUAGAAUUUUCGUGGAUAUUUAGUGUAAAUAAAAAUAACAACUUUGAGAAAUGAAUUAAUCAACUUUAAAGCAUUAACAGGGGGGCCCACUUAGGGGGGGGGGGUGUUUUAAGAGAGAUUUUUCACUUUCUAAGUUCCUUAGUAAUUCAUUAACAUUUCAGUAAAAUAAAUCAACCCAGGGCUUUGAAAUAAGAGAGAAAGAGAUGACUGAGCAAAAUGAAGAUAAUUUUUCUUUCAAAGACUUGCUUAAAAAUAAAAAAACCCUUAAUUUUGUUGUAAAGCACUAUCAAGGACCUGUGGGAACCCUGUUUCCAUAAUAUAUAUAAUUAUUACCUUGUGUAUUCAAUUUAUAACCAUUAUAUUGUUGUAAAAGCAAAGUGUAAGAAAAGGACAGCUCAGGCCUGCUUUAAGGUGAAUGUGAAACAUCUUUAAGAGUACAAAACAUUUGUUCACUAUUUAGUAGCCUUAAAUGUUUUGCAUCAAUGAAGAGAUUUUAUUGCUGCCUGAAAAUGUGAAUCUGCGUUUUUUUUUUUUACAACCUAAUUGAUAUUUAUAAUAUAAAUGUUCAAAUUAAUGCAUUUUUCUUUCAUAUUUUGUUUGAAUGUCUGCAAAAACAGGUACUUUUGUACAUACUAUUUUAUGAUGAUUCCUUGUUAAAGAUUUUAUGUUAUUUUUGUCUUUUAAUAAAAUAUUG